CAGGCUCGGGUAGAAAUGCUGCGCGUCGCCACGCCCCCCGACGCCAAGUUGCGCCCACCAGGGGGCGGGACUUCCUCUCCGGGCCCCGCCGUUUCCGACGUCGUCCGGAAGUCGGGUGCUAGUCCGGUUAGUACCGGGUCAUUGGUCCCCUUUCAGUGCGCGGGUACCUGCACUUCUUCCAGGGAUCAACGUCGACCCCCAUCGAACUGCACUCCGGGGAUCCCGUCUCCUUCGGCUCGUGUCGCUGCCGAGCUUAUCUGCCCCGCACGGGUCAGCGUGCCGCCCAUGGCGGGGGCCGCCCCGACCACGGCCUUUGGGCAGGCGGUAAUCGGCCCGCCCGGCUCUGGGAAGACCACGUACUGCCUGGGCAUGAGUGAGUUCCUGCGCGCGCUGGGCCGGCGCGUGGCGGUGGUGAACCUGGACCCAGCCAACGAGGGGCUGCCUUACGAGUGCGCCGUGGACGUGGGCGAGCUGGUGGGGCUGGGCGACGUGAUGGAAGCGCUGCGGCUGGGGCCCAACGGCGGCCUGCUCUACUGCAUGGAGUACCUGGAGGCCAACCUGGACUGGCUGCGUGCCAAGCUAGAUCCCCUCCGCGGCCACUACUUCCUCUUCGACUGCCCGGGCCAGGUGGAGCUCUGCACGCACCACGGCGCCCUGCGCAGCAUCUUCUCCCAGAUGGCGCAGUGGGACCUCAGGCUGACUGCCGUUCACCUGGUGGAUUCUCAUUACUGCACAGACCCGGCCAAGUUCAUCUCCGUACUGUGUACGUCCCUGGCCACCAUGCUGCAUGUGGAGCUGCCCCAUGUCAACCUCCUCUCCAAGAUGGACCUCAUUGAGCACUAUGGGAAGCUGGCUUUCAACCUGGACUACUACACAGAGGUCCUGGACCUCUCCUACUUGCUCGACCACCUGGCUUCUGACCCUUUCUUCCGCCACUAUCGUCAGCUCAAUGAGAAACUCGUGCAGCUCAUUGAAGACUACAGUCUGGUCUCCUUCAUCCCUCUCAACAUUCAGGACAAGGAGAGUAUCCAGCGGGUCCUGCAGGCUGUGGAUAAAGCCAAUGGCUAUUGCUUCGGGGUCCAAGAACAGCGAAGCCUAGAGGCCAUGAUGUCUGCUGCCAUGGGAGCCGACUUCCAUUUCUCCUCUACCCUGGGCAUCCAGGAGAAGUACCUGGCACCCUCUGACCAGUCCGUGGAGCAGGAAGCCAUGCAGCUGUAGCAGCAAGCUGGAGGUCAAGAGGCGUAACCCUGCGCCAGAGAACACGGCAGCUCCCGUGACAGCGGACAGCUCAGCGGACUGCAGAGCCGCGAGUGAUCUUCCCAGCCAGAGCCGAGCACCCACCACCCCUCAGUGGUCAUGAGCUCUCGCUGCUGUUGCCAGGAAUUUGGUGCUGGCCCCACUUGGCCUGUGAUGGAACAUGCUACAAAUACAGCAGUUUAUUUUCUACUUUUUGAAACUUUAAACUUUCUCUAACCAUCCAGGCCCAGAGAGCUGAGGCAGAACGAGGGAAUGCCACCUUUCCUCAGAAGAGUCGUUUCUUUAUACGGGGCAGACUGUGCUAGAGACCUGACACGCGGACUCCAGUUGGGCGAUUUUGUUAAUAGUUGGUUUUAGCAGUGAUACUCGAGCUUGAGUUUUCACAGGCAACGCUUCUGGCAGAUCUGAACGUUUCAUCUUAAUGGUAUUUAUUUUACGGUUGUAUUCCUUUUUGGCAGGUGUUAACUAGUUUUCCAUUUGUACGAGUGAUUAAAGGUUUACUUUGAAAUUGU